CACACACACCACCCAGCAAUAUAGAAAAAUUCCUUGUGCUCAAGUCUCCUCCUCCUCACUCAUUUAAGGUCAGCUGUUCAUCUCCUUAUUUGCACAGCUUCAUAAGAUCAAUGGCUGUGACAUGCCCCAUAUCCCCUCAGAUGAUUCUAUGGUACUCGAGCCGGAUUAUGAAGCCGGUCGGCUCGGUUACGAUGCUUGCACGCAACCAGCUUCCGGUCAAUACUAGAGCUACUGCAGUCCGAACCCGAUUGUCCUUGAAGAACCAGGUUUUUGAGGAUCAAUGUGAAGGUAUAGUAUGUUACCGAGAUGAGAGCGGGGAGAUCAUUUGCGAAGGAUACGACGAGGGCCCGAGAUUCCGCAGAAAGAUUCCGAGAACUGUCUGUUGCUACGAAGCCAGGGAUGCUGACAUCAUUGAUCUUCUUCAACAAAAUUGGCUUCAGAUUGCAGAAGAUGAUGCAUUAUACAAAGUGGAGGUGGGAGAUAUUUUACAAGAGGACUUGAGCUAGAAUAGCUUUUCAAACACCGUCGGUCGAGCGGCGGCUGACUUGGUCAAAAUGUUAAAUUUUUUCUUUGGAAUGGCUUUGUGAAUGUGAAGUGUAAUGUCAAAAAGGAGGAGGGUUUCUCCAGUUGCAGGAUAUGAAUUUUAAGCAUAAGCUAUAUUCUCCCAU